AUGACAGACUCCCUCCACAACGCGCCCAUUGUACUGGAUAAUGGUUCUGGUACAAUUCGAGCGGGUUUUGCGGGAGACGAUCUACCAAAAUGUUACUUCCCUUCCUUUGUAGGUCGACCGAAGCACUUGCGAGUACUUGCUGGUGCUUUGGAAGGCGAGAUACCCUUUAGAACAUGGCAUAGUCACAGAUUGGGACGAUAUGGAGAGAUAUGGGAGUAUGUCUAUAGUGAAGGACUCAAGACUAUCAGCGAAGAGCAUCCCGUCCUCUUAACCGAACCACCACUUAACCCGCGAGCAAAUCGGGAUACGGCAGCUCAAAUACUUUUCGAGACCUUUAACGUUCCUGCCCUAUACACAUCUAUCCAAGCUGUUCUCUCCCUCUAUGCUAGCGGACGUACCACGGGUUGCGUGUUAGAUUCGGGUGACGGUGUCUCGCAUGCGGUUCCUGUAUACGAGGGGUUUGCGAUCCCUUCCUCUAUGCGCCGCAUCGACGUUGCUGGCCGUGACGUCACCGAGUACAUGCAGACGCUACUGCGCAAGAGUGGCUACGUCUUCCAUACGAGUGCCGAAAAGGAAGUCGUGCGGUUAAUUAAGGAAGCUGUUUCAUACGUGGCUAUAAACCCUAAGCAAGAGGAGAAGGACUGGCAGAGCGCGAAGUUAGACCAGGGGAAAACGGCGGAGUACGUGCUACCUGACGGUAACCGACUGCGCGUGGGCCAGGAGCGUUUCCGUGCGCCCGAGAUCUUGUUCGACCCUGAACUCAUCGGGUUAGAGUAUCCGGGUAUUCAGCAGAUCGUAACAGAUGCCAUCAACAGGACAGAUCUGGACCUACGUAAGGCGCUUUAUGCCAAUAUCGUAUUGUCUGGCGGUAGUACCCUGACCAAAGGGUUCGGUGACCGCCUGCUGAGCGAAGUCAAGAAGCUAGCUGUCAAGGACAUGCGGAUCAAGAUCUUCGCACCGCCUGAGCGCAAGUACUCGACCUGGAUCGGAGGUAGCAUUCUUGCGGGCUUAAGCACGUUCAGAAAGGGAAAGGAGGCCAACUAG